AUGGGGCGCCUCGAUACUCUCCUGGCGCUCAACUCCGCGCACGAGGCGAGCGGGUGGCGGCACGUCGACGCUAGCGAUGUUGUUCGUGCACUGACCAAAGCGUGCGGGAUCUCCCCGGGCUUCGGUCUCCCUCGAGAGGUCCGGGGCUCGGUGCUUCUCCGAGCCCUGGCGUCGUGCAAAUUAAUUCCCAGCGACGCGCCUCGCGCGGUGCUCAUCUCCGCGCUCGUAGUCGAGGCAAACGUGCCCGUUCCGACCGGCGACGCGCCCAUCGUUACUGAACGUGCGAUCUUCAGCACAAACAGGCUCGUCAGUGCCGUGUGUUUGCUGUGCGGCGGGUCCGUGGACGACAAGAUCGGGCUUUGCUUCGCCGCGUGCGACGUGGACGCGAUCAAGCGCCUGAGCCAGCACCAGGCGAAGGGUUUCUUCGCCGAGGAUGCCGUCGCUGUGGCUUACGCGGCGGCGUACGACGUCAUCGGAGAUGGUGCUGACCUGCAGUGGGCGAUUGCGGUAUGGGAGCGCAAGCUGAGGAGGUUCUUUGGCGGCAGGCCGGGGCUUCAGUCGCGGGGCGACGUCGCGAUGAACGAGGAGGAGUUCAAGCGUCUCGCGUCCCAGGCGCUCGAUUCCAUGAGCCGCGAGGCUGUCGAGGAGGCUGUCAAGGAUAAGGACCUACUGGACGAUGAGGUUUUCGAGGAUGCUCCGGAGCAGUUCCAGUCGAGCCAUAGGAGAGAGCCAUCGAUUGUUGAAUCUCUGGCUAUGCUUCUCAAGGGUGGCGAGCACAGCCGCCAGCCGUCAAAGGACGAGGAAGUGGACGCGGCGAACAGGGGCGAUCGCCACAGGAGAAACAAUAGCUCGAUCAGCGCAAACAGCGGCGAGACUCCGGGCCUCCUGAACCUCCUGAACAACCUGAACAGCGGCAUUAAGGCCCAGCACGAGCGGCGGCGGACCGGCUCGUGGGAUGACUCGGACAUCCAUGCGAGGCAUGCCCGUAAGCCUUCCGAUGGAGCCGGCGGUUCGCCGCUUCGAAUCGUGUCCCCGCAGCCCGGGGGAAGCACGGUUAAGUCGCCGGGGGGUAAGCCGAAGAGCGCGUUGCGCAAAUCCAGGUCCGCGAACCAGCUCUCUCCGGUUGAGUCUCCAGUUGGUUCAACCGCGUCAAAGCGGUUGGACUACGGAGUCGAGACUGCGGAGGAGGGGAACCAGGAAGAUGCCGCGAAGAGAAGCAGCGGCGAGGCUGGGACGAGUGUUGCCAAUGAGACCGGCGCAUUCGCUAGCAAGCCGCGUCCCCGGCCGCUCAAGGUUGAUUUUGACCGGAGCGUCGAGGACAACGGCGGAUCCAAUCGCGGCGACAAGGGAGAAGGAAAGGGGAAGAUGUCCAAGGAAGAGAUGAGACGCGCGGAGCUCAAAGCCGCACUUGCCGCCGCGCAGGAAGACACUGAGCUGGCGCUGGAGGGUCAGGAGGACGAGGACAACACUUUCGAUUCGGCAGUGGCGUUUGUGCAGGAGGUCGGCAUCCGAAUGUUCCUCUACAACAUCGUCAAGAUGUUGGUGGUCAUCGCCGUCAUCGCAGCGGACGCGUGCGCGUGCGUGUGGACCAUGUUUCACUUUGGCAUCGUCAUCGGGCUCUCCGUGGUGAUGUGUAUCAAUGUCGCGCUCGCUUUACUGUUCGGAUUCUUCGUCAUUCGAUUCAACAACCGCACCACCGGGCAGAUGCAUAUGGAGUAUGGUCAGCACAUGAUGAGAGGGAUCACCGAUUUGGUCAACAACAACGCCUUGAAGGAGGUCUCGGAUUCCCUCACGGCCAUGUCUCGCAUCACGGCGAAUCAGGCGAACAACGGGCAGUUCAGGGAUGACAGCGUCCGGGGAGGAAAGCAGUCCAGGCGCAUGUACUCGGACGCGGUUUGA